AUAUCAAAUCUUUGAACUUUUAAAGAUAAUUACAAUAUAAAACUAUAACGAAUAUUGCAAUCUUUUAAUUAUACAAAAUCAUACAAAAUAAUGAUUAUUUAUAUUCAUAUAGGGGAUAUAAUCAGGGAAUGAACUUCAUGUAGUUUAAUACAAACGUAAAAAAAGCGCCAUCGCGCCUUAAUAUUUUGAAUGAAAACUGCCAAAAGAUCUUUCAGUUUGUUAUUAUUUUGCGUAACCUAUUGUUUAAAAAAAGUAAACGAGCGUCAGAUAUAUAUUAUAUAUGUAUAUAAUGUGGUUUCAUAUCUUGAAAAAUAUUUUAAUAAGAUAAAUUAUUUUUCUAACAAUAAGAAAAGAUACGGUAGAAUAACGUUGCAUUUGAUGCGCUGACGUAAAGCCGGUAUAAGUUUCUACAUACGAUUGAUCACUCCACGUGUGUGAUAACAUAUGUAUAACCUCAAUAAAAUUUGCGUGGAGAUUUUUCGAAAUGAAUAAUAGUGAAAAAAUGCAAUUAGAUGUGUGGAAAGGUGAUUGGGGUUUGGCGUCAAUUGACAUAGAAUGUUUGCAAGUUUUGGCCUAUGCGAGGUUCAAUGGGAUACCGUUACAAGUAAAAGCAACAAAUAAUCCUUUUAAAACACCAAACGGUCGAUUACCUGUAUUAAGAACAAAAUACACUAGCUUGGAUAAAGUUAGUGAAAUAAUACAGUAUCUUAAAGAAACAAAUUUCAAUUCAACAUCUCCAAAUAAUUCAAAAGAAUACGCAGAAUUUGUAGCUUAUGAUACUAUGCUUAAAGAUAAACUUUAUCCUGCAAUGCAAUUUAUAUGGUGGCUAGAUCAAACAAAUCUCAAUGAAUUAGUGAGGCCUUGGUAUUGUAAAGCUGUGCCUUUUCCUUUGAAUUAUUAUUAUCCAAGUAAAUUUGAAAAUCAAGCAAAAGCUGUGAUAGAAAUGUUACAUCCUACUGAGGAUAAUAUGUCUGUAAUAGAAAAUAAGGUAUAUUCAGAGGCUCAAAAAUGCUUAACAUCAUUAUCUACUAGACUUGGAGAUUCUAAGUAUUUUCUUGGCCAAUCUCAUACUAUGUUGGAUGCGGUUGUAUAUUCUUAUUUAGCACCAUUAUUGAAAACACCUUUAGUUAAUCCUCCUUUGCAAAAUCAUUUAAAAGCAUGUACGAAUUUGGUCAAUUUUGUAACACAUAUAUCGCAAAAGUAUUUUAGAGAUGAAUAUCAACAAUAUGAGAAAAUAAAGUCAGAAAAUAACGUAAAGAGAAUGAGAAAAGACUCUUACACAGAAUUUCCAAAUAAACGACGUGAUCAAAUAUUAGCUGGUAUAUUUGCUGCAGUAGCUAUGAUUGGUUAUGCCUUAUUAACUGGGAAAUUGGAGGUGCCUAUAAAGGACAAUAAAAUGAUUAGUCAAGCUGAAGAAUAUAUAUUAGAGGAUGAAGUUGAUGAAUAAGAUUUAUUUAAGGUAUUCAAAUAGUAACAAUAAAAAUUUUGAAUAACAGUGUCAUAAAUAUAUGGUU